AUUGCUACAAAAACCCUGAAAUUUGCUCCUCCCUCUCUCACUGUGUCCGGUGGCUGAGUCAGCUCGGUGUCCGAUUGCAGCUAUGCUCUCCAAAACCCGAACAAUCUCUUCCUAUCUGCACACCCGCAAACCCACUCUCACACCCAGCACCCACCCAGCAACCCACCUCCAAUCGCGAUCAAUCUCGAGCCUCAAAGUCGUAUGGCGCAAGGACCGGAAGCUCGACCAGGCAAUCGAAAACGACAAGCCCUACAAGCUCUGCGCCCGCGUCGUCAAGGAGGUCCUCAACGAACCGGGUCGGGUAAUCCCCCUCCGGUACCUCGAAAAACGGCGCGAGAGGCUGCGGCUCAACAUCAAAGUCAAGACCUUUCUUAGCAGAAACCCAGGUUUGUUCGAUGUUUACUAUGAUAGGAUUAAACCCAAAUCGGAACCGGUUCAGUUUCUUCGAUUUAGCGAUAGGUUAAGGAUGUUUCUCGAGGAGGAGGAGAGGAUUUUUAAGGAAAAUGAGCCGUUGAUUGUGUCGAAAUUGUGUAAAUUGCUGAUGAUGUGUAAGGAUAGGGUUGUUAGUGUUGAUAAAUUGGUUCAUGUGAAGAGGGAAUUCGGGUUUCCGAACGAUUUCUUGGUUAGCUUGGUGCCCAGGUAUCCGCAGUAUUUUCGGAUACUUGGGUGCCCCGGAGAGGAGAAUUGUUAUCUGGAAUUGGUUUCGUGGAACCCCGAGUUUGCGAAAUCAGUGAUUGAGAGGAGGGCAGAAGAGGAAUCGAAUUUGACAGGGAUUCGGGUUCGGCCUAAUUUUAACUAUAGGCUGCCUUCAGGAUUUUUCUUGAAGAAGGAAAUGAGGGAGUGGGUCAGGGAUUGGGUGGAAAUGGAUUACAUUUCUCCGUAUGAGGAUGUAUCAAAAUUGGAUCAAGCUUCGCGGGAAAUGGAGAAGAGGACGGUUGGAGUUUUUCAUGAGUUGUUGUCAUUGUCUUUAUUUAAGAGGAUUCCUGUGCCGAUAUUGGGGAAAUUUAGUGACGAGUAUAGAUUUUCGAAUGCAUUCUCGAAUGUGUUCACAAGGCAUGCGGGGAUAUUCUAUCUGUCAUUGAAGGGAGGGAUUAAGACGGCGGUGCUGAGGGAAGCGUACAAGGAUGAUCAGUUGAUUGACCGGGAUCCAUUGCUAGAGAUAAAGGACAAGUUUACAGAGCUAUUGGAGGAGGGAUGGAGGGAGAGACGAGAGCAGUUGCGGUUGCAAAGGGAAGAGGUUGAGAAGGACAAGGAAGUGAUGACAGGGCAAUGACACGUCAGAUUGUCUUGGCAAUGGUAGAAAGUUUGGUAGGAGCAAGGUCGGUUGUGGAAACACCAUUUGGGAGAGUUUGCACGUCACCUAACACAAACAGAGUCUUCACACCAAAUGAAUGGGAAUCAGUAAACCAUUCAGAACCUGAAGCUCAUUCCCUUGCUUCCCUACUCUUCCUGCCGAAGAUGGAGUCGCAGCUUCUAUUCCCACCUGUCCGCCCUUUCUGUGCAUCACAGUUUGCCCUUGCUAACUAUGCUUGCUCGAUACUCCCCUUUGCUCCGAUGCCCCCUCCAACACCCCCCUCCCCUCCUCCCCCUUCUCCCAAUGAUGAUGGACAGGAAGAGCAACAUGACCAUGGCCAUGGCCAUGGACACGGACAUAAUCACAGGCAUAGACAUGUCCAUCAUAGGCACAGGCAUCAUGUGCAUGAAUCCAUACCUGCAGAAGAUAAUUGUUGUAGGUGGUUAACCCAGCUGGAUAAUCAAUGUGUGUGUGAGCUGCUGGUUCACCUGCCUAACUUCCUCGUUAGGCCUGCUCAUGUGUACUCCGUGGUUAUCGGAGAAACUUGCACCGUUACCUACACGUGCGGAACCCCCAUCAGGAUAAAGAUAUGAAGAAUAAAGCGUAUUUACUUAUCAGCGUACGAAAAAAAUUAUUUACACUCCUUGUUUAUAUUUGGUGUUACAUGAGGUUUGGUGUUGUUUAUUUAACUGCUUAUUAUGUUUUCA